AUGACCGGGAGAAAGAACUCUCUAGUAGAUUUCAAAUUGGAAGGAAACAACUAUGUAACUCUUGGUGAUGGAGAUAUAAGAGAAGUCAAAGGUGUUGGGAAGACCAAAGGGGUAAGUAUACCUAAUCUAAACAAUGUUCUACUUGUACAAGGUUUAGCUGCAAACCUUAUAAGCAUCAGUCAGUUGUGUGAUGAAGGAUUCCAUGCUAAGUUCACCAAAGAUGAGUGUAUCAUCACAAAUGAAGAAAAUGAGGAAGUCAUGAAGGGAGUUAGAUCUAAGGAUAAUUGCUAUCUAUGGAAGCCUGACACUCCUGUCCACCCCUCUGACUACUCAAUGAUCAAGGAAGAAUUGAAAAUGUACCAUCACGAAUUUGAUGAAUCUUAUGAUUCUGAUGAAUCAGAUAAAGAAUCUUAUAUUGGUGAUCUCACUAUAAGUGAACUGUCUACUUGUUUUUCUGAGACCAGUAUAAUGAAGAGAAAAGCUGUUACCAAAAGUAAAAGGGUUGGUCCCUCAAAAUCAUGGAGCUGGGUCAUUCCAAAGAAAAGAAAAGAGCGGGAAAUUGUUGAACCUGAAUCUGAUGUUGAAGUAAGUGUCCCUGACAUCCCAUCAAGUAAGAAGCCUAUAGCCAGUAAGCUUGCUGCUAGUAUCCCUAAUGUUCCCAUUGAUAAUGAGGUCCUAGAACUGAUUCAAGAAGCUGGACUGCUAAAAACUGUGUGCAAUCUUCCCAAAUGCUAUGAGAAGCUGGUCAAAGAAUUUGUGGUAAACCUAUCUGAAGAGUGUGACAAUAACAGAAGUGCAUACUACAGAAAGUUGUUUGUAAGAGGUAAGUGUGUAUCAUUCUCUCCUUCUGUGAUUAAUAAAUUCUUGGGAAGAAUAGAUGAAGUUCAAACUGAGCUGGAAGUGACAGACAACCAAGUUUGUCAAGUGAUCACAGCCAAGCAGGUAAAAAGCUGGCCCAUGAAAGAGAAACUAAUUGCAAGAACAAAGGCAAAGUUUGAUUAUGGAGCAUAUAUUUUUGACCAAACCAUGAAGCAUGCUGGAAGCUUCAGUAUUAAGGGUCCAACUGCCUUUCCAUCCCUCUUGAGUGGUAUAAUUCUGGAUCAAUAUCCAAACAUUCUCAACGAACAUGAUGUGGUGUGCAAGAGAGAAAGUCUGUUGGCUUUUCAUUACAAACUGUUUAAAGGAAAGCAUGUUCCAGACAUUUUCAUGACAUCAACUAAAACUUCCAAAUCUGAAGCAUCAGUCAGUAAAGCAGAAGUCAUAGCAAUCCUAAAAGAGACUUGCAAAGAAUUGGAAGCUAGAAAAAUUUCUCUUGAACAAAUGAUACGAACUCUGGAAAUGGAUGAGAAUGAGGAGUUUGCAGGUACAGAAGAGAUAGAAGACAAAGAUGAUCAAGAAGUGGAGGAAGAAAGUGCUAGUCAUGCUGAUGACUCUGAGAUAGAAAGUUCUUCAGACACCUCAGCUGGUUCUGACUCUGAGCAGUAA